CAUGAAAAAUAAAAAUAAUAUUAUGUCUUACCUAGUUAAAAAACCACCUCCCUCCCUGAAUCCCAGCACUGAUAAUACCACAUUUUUCGCCUGUAAACUAGGCAUCACCAGGAGAAAUAUUCUGCUAAAGCAGUCAACAAACACCAAAGUAGGUAACACACAUUUUAUUUCUCACAUAGAUCUUAGCAAAUUAAUGUUAUCAUCUUUAGUAUAAUGAACUUUUCCUAAGUAACGCCAGAUUUUAUUUAUUAUAUCAAAGGAGACAAUCGUUUUUGGGCCUUCCAGAAAUUUUAACGUAACUUAAUUUCAUUACACAUAAAAAAUAUAUCAAUUUAUUAUAGUAAACGGCCUAAAGAUUUUAUGAAAAUCUUACCGGAAUUAUAAAAUAUGAAAAAAAAAAGUUGUUUUGAUGUUCUGGAUAAUGUUAUAUAAAAAAAUGCGAGUUACGAACAGGGGUAUAAAAGUCCUCAGUAGCUGGCUUUUACCUUGAUACUAGCGCCAUCUCACAGUCAUUAAAAGCACUACGAUUCUCUAAUAUUUUUUACACAUUUUAUUAAAAAGAUGGCGUUUAUUAUUUAAUCCUAAAUCAUAUUCAUAUUUUAGUUGUUAAUUUCUCACUAUUCCCGUUAGAUACGGCAAAACUAAUAUUACUUUUGCAUCUAUAGGUAAUAAGGAAUAAAUCGACACGUAUUUCAUUAAAUUACGCCACAAUUUGUUGUGGGCCAAUUCUUCAUAGAAAAAGAAACUGUCUCCUUUAUUAUUUAUCAAAUUAAUGAAUAAUUAAGUAAAAUGUUCACAGUUGGCGCAAUACCACCUUUAAUGGGCUGGGCGGGCUGCACGGGUAGUUUGGACGCCGGGGCGUUAGUUCUAGGCGUUGUGCUGUACUCGUGGCAGUUUCCACACUUUAAUGCCCUUUCAUGGAACUUGCGCCCUGAUUAUUCGCGGGCCGGAUAUAGAAUGAUGGCAGUUACUGAUCCUGGUAAGCAAUUAUACUUCUACUUCAGCCGUAACGUAAGUUCACUGUUGAACAUAGGCUUGUCCAUAAUAGGAAGGAUUUGGCGAAAUACAGGUGGAUUUUCGAGCGCAAUACUGGUCAUCUCGCACUUUGAAUGUUUCUUUCUUAGCUUUAUGUGUAUUGGGAGCUAGUGAUGGGCGUUGAAUGGACGAACUAGUUAAUUCGACCGUCGACGUACUGUGAACGAGUAGACUGUUUACGAACAAUCAAUGGAUUAGUCGAAUCCGUAGACGGCUAAAUUGAAACUCCAUAACGUUUAUUUCGCCUAGCAAAGCGACCAGCGACGCGAGAACGUGGUCGGAUAAUAUUGGAUCAUAGUUCGUUGCAAUGACAUAGUUACGCAAACAAAUUAGAACUCUAAAUGUAGACAGCGUAAGAGUAUAAAUAGCAGUUUGUAAUUGUGUUAGCUGAAGAAAAGGAUGCCGUCAUGGUAUCAUCGCAAGCAAGAGAAGGGCGACUUAACCGAUUCGUUCGAACAAAUAUUUCAUGACACGUCUGGCGUGUCAAGCGCUCAUUGUUGACAAGCUCAUUGUUCAAGUUGACAUCAAACAUCAGUUACAAACGUAAGGAUACUUGUUUUUAGUGGGUAACUACGUGUUUUUCUACGUGUUUUCUUUGAAAUUGAGAGUGAGUUUUUAUGCAGAGAUUACAAACCUUUUGUACUAUUUUUUUUUUAAAUCAUAUAUGUAGGUGCAGCUAAAUCACCCUGGUAAAACGUUGGUUUUUAUUAAAUUAAAUAUUCACCUAAUAAUAACAUUUGUAAAUAUCAAACAUUCAAGAACCUUAAUUUGGAAAAAAACGUUUAUGAUUCAUUGAUAUUUACAAAUGUUAAAUAUUGUUUAAUGUUAUACAAAUGUAAUAGUAAAGUCGAUCUCAAAACGUCUAAUUAGUAAGAAUAGCAAAACAAGUGUUUUCAAAAGGAAAAAAACGCAGGCGCCAUACGGCGGCGGAUUAAUACUAUUUAUUAGCGAACUUUUUUUAUGCAUGAACGGUUUCGAACUGUUUCAAGCAAAAAGAAAUCUUAUACCAUAUCACAAGAGCACAUGGUACUUCGUAGAUCUAUUUGGCCAUAUGAUAGUAAUAAGACGGAAGUUCAACCAUUUUAAGCAAAAUUAAACAAUAAGACAAACGCAUUGUUUUCUUUUUUAACAGGAGACUUGUUUUUCAGACUUGAGUUUGUAAGCGAUCGCAAUGAGUGCUAUUAUUUGUUACUUAUUAGACUAUUUUCCCACAACAUGAUUUAAAACAAAGUAAAAAGAUAAUGUUAAAAAAAGGUUGUCAACCCGUAAAAAUUUCAAAUGUUCAAAAUAUCAAGAAACGAAGCUGUAGGCAUGAACUACUUGCAAAAUAAUGAAUAUUUUGUUCUGGAUAAAUCUUCCAAAAAGGCAAUUUGAGUGAGUUAUAACGAGGUUUUUAUAAAGACACGACUCGCUUGUCAUACGCUACACACAAAAGUAAUCGAUGGCACGCCUGGCGUGCCAUCCGCACUGAACCGGUUAAUAAUAGACGACUUAAUACAUCAUGCCGUUACACUAGUCUACCAUCUACGUAUCUCGACUACGUCGAGCCAUAGACGACGUCAAGGAACUAGACAACGGAACGAGAGUAAACUAGUCGACAAAUUUAACUAGUUCAUCGACUAGUCGAUGAACGAGAAUGGACCAGUUUUAUAUUUUUAGUUGUCAGUAGCAAGAUGAUGCUGCCCAUCAUAGUUUGUUCCCGUCUGUCUCUUCAUAUGACACCUACUAGACGAUAUGUGUAAUAUUUUCUAUAUGUGGUGGAUAUACUUACACCUCCGUUACACGGUCAAUUUGUUUAAUGUAGUGAUUAUUACAAGUCGCGGCACGUAAGUCUAGCGCUGAACGAAACGUGGAGGGGGCAUGAAUUGAAUUGCACAAAUGCGACUGGAGAGCCAAUCAGCGCGACUUAUGCGCAAUAACGGUCAUCGCUAGACUUUCGUGUCGAUACUUAUACAUGUUUUAGGAAUUGAAAUAAAAAGGAAAACAAUAGUCUGCAGUGUAGUGUCAGGUCUGCUGAGCCCCAAGCACAUCUAUUUGCGAAAUCGUGUAAUUUUAACAUUAAAAAUUACCAUUUCAGCUCUAUGUAGAAGAGUUGCACUAAGGCAUACGGGUAUUAUAACAGCAACUUGCCUGGCCUCUUCCUACUUAGAUGUGACCAACCUGUGGUUUGCGUUGGAAUCUUUGCCAUUGAACUUAUAUUUUAUGUACUUAGCAUGGCAAUUUUACAAGAAGUCAGACAGUGGCAGUUCGAGAAAACUUUUUAAAUUCUCUCUCAUUCAUUUACCCGCAUUAAUGUUACUAAUGCUAGUCAAUAAGAAGUAUUGGAGUUCGAGCGAGAUGCAAGAACACAAAGAUGUGUUGAAGUUGCAAGACGUUAACAAGUUACCAGAAUCAAAGAGGAUAACAGUAUUGCCGCGAGGUCCCGUUGUCGCCGCGCAGGAAACGGACAUACGACAAAAUUGAUCACCGAAAAACUACGAAUUUCGUAGACACCAGUUAUUUAUAUGUAAAUAGUGUAACAUUUUAAUUUUUGCUCUUAAUUAAGCUUGUGAUAUAAAAUAAUAAAUCAACCAUUCACGAAAAUGU